ACUUAGGGCCAGACGUCAGGGGGAACUUUAUUUAACCUUUCGAAUAAAGCACCCAGGCUCGAACCGAGCCAGAUUCCCAAAUUCUAACCACCGUCCAGCCAUCCGCCUCUCCGUCCGCUCCGGAAAACCGAAAACCAGAAGCAUGGCGCACCGCCUGCAACUCCGGAGCGAUGACUUCGACGUAAUCGGCGCCGUGCCGCGCGACCUGUCCGUGAUUAAGAACUUUCUGAAGCGCGAUUGUGCCGUCAAGAAGCUAAUCGACAUCGAGGAGGAGUUCCUGAGGGAGUGCGUACUUCGCGGCGAGGAUCCCAUGAAGCCGAAUAAAAAAGAUGGCAACGACAUCGUACAGCGUGGCAGUGGGUUGGGAUCCAAGUCUGCGGAUCCUCAACCAGAUCCCUGUGCUAGCAAAACCCCAGAGAACACAUUGGCGUCCGACUACUGUGAUCCCUGCCGACGACUCAAGACCUCUGUGGUUCUUGAAGAGCUCACGAAACCUGCCACUACGAAUCCGGUGUACAACAAAUCCUUGCCGCCUUACUUUGACGAAGAGAGCGUGAUGGGCAACUCGUUGCCCGUAAAGUUCCGCUUCCGGCGCAAGUUCAAUAAAUGUGACCAGGAGAAGCCCAACAACCUGAUGUGCACCACCACGCCGAGCACCAACGUGGUUGUGCUGACCAACUGUUGCGAUGUGAUGGUGUGGCCCAGUCAGCGGGUGGCCCAGAUGAACCGAGUGCCGGUGACCACGCUGACGGGCGAUGCCGAUCUCACGGAGUACAUGCUUGAGGAGGAGACCAUCAUGUGAGAGACGGAUGGUAUCGCGAAAUUACAGCGAGUGUUGAACCCAGUUUGGAACAAGCAAUUCAAUAAACAUUUACCCCU